ACAUCAAUUUCAUCCAUGACAACUUCUGACUGCAACACUCUUCUGUUGACCGUGGGCCUUUGCCGCCUGGUAUCAUCCACCACAAAAGAUGAGGUAUUUCCUAAUUUCAUUCUCUUUCCUUCUCUACCAGCUCGAAGCUUACAGCUCAGUCCCUGGGAAAGCAGUAUUGUUGAUCGGCUGAUGACACCGACCUUGUCCUUCCUAGCACGGAGCAGAAGUGUAGCCACUCUAAUUGGAAAUGGCAAGGAUGCCUUUUCUGCAGUGUGCCCACGAUCCGCCUCUGCCAGUCCACUCACUGCCUGUAAUAACCACCGAGCACACCACCGGUGCUCAGAACGAUGGAGAGUGUCUGCCAGCAGCCCCGAUAUAACUCCACGCAAAUUCAGGGAGUCCACACCGGUGGAUAAGAAGAAAAAAGACAAGAAAGAUAAAGAAAGGCAAAAUGAGAAAGAGAAAAAUGCUUUGGCAAAGGAGGUGUUAAAGAAGAGGCAGUCUUUGCCGAGUAUCAGAAGUCGGACAGAACCCAGCAGCCCUGUGUCUAAAACCCACACCUCAUCACCAUCCACCCCGAAACAGAGGCCUGCAUCUCCCGCUACAUCUCCUAAGCCACUGUCUCCUCGGCCCUCACAGUCUGCCCCCAAACCCCGAAUCAAAAAGCAGAAGAAGACAGAGGACAAGUCCGCCACAAAGGAGGAUGAGAGAAGCAGUUCACCUGCCACAGAAGAGAAACCGAAAGAGAAGCGAAAGCCAGCUGCUCAGGACGAAGCUAAAGCAACUGCCACAGUCCCUGCUAUUAUUGUAUCCUCUGCACCAAGUACACCCCCAACCCUGGCAGCUCCAACUGCAAGCACAGUCUCUACCGUGGAGGUCACUCCAGCCCCAGCUUCAGCUCCCGCCCCAUCCUCUGCCCCAAUCAGCAAACCCACAGCUGGAACCAACAACCCAGAAGAAGCUGCUCGGAUCCUGGCUGAGAAGAGGAAGCUGGCCAGGGAGCAGAGAGAGAGAGAAGAACAGGAGAGGAGAGAACAGCAAGAGAGAGACAGGCGUCUCCGAGAAGAGCAGGCCUUACUUGAAGCAGAGAAGAAAGCAAGGCUUGAGGCUGAAGCUCAGAAAGCUGCCGAGGAGAGGAGGCAGCGAGAAGAGCAGGAAAGGCUGGAAAAUGAAGCGCGUCAGCAGAAGGAGGCAGAAGAGCGUGCCCGAGCUGAGCAAGAGGAGAUGGAGCGGCUGCAAAAACAGAGAGAAGAGGCUGAGGCCAAAGCUCGAGAGGAUGCAGAAAAACAACGGCAGGAGAGGGAGAUGCACUUCCUUAAAGAGGAGCAAGAGCGACAGGAGAGGAAGAAGCGCCUUGAAGAGAUCAUGAAGAGAACAAGAAAGACCGACACCCCUGAAAAGAAAGAAUGCAAAUCUUCUUCUGCCACACAACUAAAUGGAAAAGAGAUCAAACCUAGUCCUGAAAGCAGUAAAGUGACCUCUGAGGAGACAGAACCAUCAAAGAAGGCUGUGAAAGGACGAUCAGCCGAGGAGACGGCACAGAGCUUAUCAUCAGCUGAUCCCACCCAGACUACACCUCUUCUGAAUGGCCUGCAGCAGACCAAGCAUGAGAAUGGCCUGUCUACUAAAGGCGAAGACACAGAGUUUGAGGAAAUUAUCGAGCUGUCCAAUCACAGUGGCGGCAAUCACAGUGAGCGGGAAGGACCAGAACGGGAGAUUCCUAGUGAUUCCAUCAUCGCCUUUGAGGAUCGGGAGAGUUUCCUUAAAAAAACAGGCUCCCUUAAACCCCAGCAUGUAGCUGGUAUGUGAUCACUUUGAUGGCAG